AUGUUUGAUGUUAAUGAGGCUAUUCUUGAAAUCAAGCCUGAAUGUUUUUCAAAGAUGAAAAAUGUCAAAGUUCUUUACUUGGGAAGGUGGCAGACCUCGGUCUCGCAUCACAUUGAAUUCACCGACACUAAGGACAUGAAGAAAAAUGCAAAUGUUUUGGAUGGGUUGGGAAAUCUCACGCUUCUGAGGUUUUUGAACCUUGGUGGAAUUUCUAGAAUUUCAGAGCUUCUCGAGUCGAUUUCAAAGCUCACCAAUCUUACAAUCCUUGACAUUAGAGCGUGUCACAACGUUGAGGUGAUUCCCGAUGGAAUUGGCUUGCUCAAGAAUUUGACACAUUUGGACAUGUCUGAAUGUUACCUGCUAGAUCAGAUGCCCAAGGCGCUUGCAUCGCUCUCCAAACUCCAAGUCCUCAAAGGAUUUUUCGUUUCAGAGGGUAAAAACUCAUGUACUCUUGAUGAUUUACGAAAAAAUCCAAGGUUGAGAAAGUUGAGCAUUUACGCAGUUGUCCAUGGAUUUCCUUCAGACAGAGAUUUGUGUGCUUUAAAUCAGUUUAAAGCGCUUACCAAGCUGUGGUCCGAACUAAUGAAAACCGCAAAUGAGCGUGCCGAAGAUGGGUUAAUGGAUGAUGUGCACCAGUACUUCACCUGGAGCAUAGAUGCUAUGUAUAAAUCUGAUAUUGAGAUAUCAGAUGAUGAUGAUAAUGAAUGA